UUGUUUUAUUAUGGUAUACACGCCGUUUCCUGUUACUGCGUCCUUGGAAUAAAACCAACCAAUCGCUGCGCGCGGAGCAGUUGAGCGAGCCAAUCAGCUGUCGCUGCGCUGCGCUCUCGAGCCAAUCCGCGCUCAGAACGCUGUUCCUGUGAGUCGGGUUUGUUUGGGUUUAAAGAGUCGCCUAGUGAUCGCUGAGGAGGACGGAAUAAACGCAGGAGUGGAGAUGAAGAGUCUCAGCGCUGCUUGAACGUCUUUCGGUCAUGGAGUUCCGCUUCGGGAGCAUGGUGUUCAGCUCGAGCUUCGACUCGGGGAAUCUGGCUCGUGUGGAGCGAGUGGAGCGAUCCGAACCCAGCGCUUCAGCGCAGCUGCAGCCCGACUACGAGUUCAACGUCUGGACCAAACCCGACUGCGCCAGCACCGAGUUCGAGAACGGCAACCGGUCGUGGUUUUACUUCAGCGUUCGCGGGAUGUUGCCGGGCAAACUGCUGAAGAUCAACAUGAUGAACAUGAACAAACAGAGCAAGCUGUACUCGCAGGGCAUGACACCGUUCGUCCGCUCGCUGCCCGUCAGAGCGCGCUGGGAGAGAGUCCGCGACAGACCCACGUUUGAGAUGUCAGACGGUCAGUUCAUCCUGUCGUUUGUUCAUCGUCUGCUGGAGGUGCGCGGUGUCACCACAUACUUCUCCUUCUGUUAUCCGUUCUCGUACACGGAGUGUCAGGACAUGAUGCUGCAGCUCGACCACAGGCUCCUGAGCGCCGCACACACGCCGGGGCCCUGCAGUCCGCUGGAGAGCAUCUACUAUCACCGUGAGCUGCUGUGUUACUCUCUGGAUGGUCACAGGGUGGAUCUGAUCACGGUCUCGUCGUGUCACGGUCUGCUGGAGGAGAGAGAGCCGCGGCUGGAGAGACUCUUCCCGGACCUCGGCACGCCUCGACCGCACGGCUUCAGCGGCAAACGGGUGUUUUUUCUGAGCAGUCGUGUUCAUCCCGGUGAGACGCCGUCUAGUUUCGUUUUUAAUGGCUUCCUGAACUUCAUCUUGAGUCCAGACGAUCCUCGCGCUCAGACGCUCCGCAGGAUGUUCGUCUUCAAACUCAUUCCCAUGCUGAACCCCGACGGGGUCGUCAGGGGUCACUACAGGACGGACUCGCGCGGCGUGAAUCUGAACAGACAGUACGUGAACCCCAGUCCAGAUCUGCAUCCAUCCAUCUACGGCGCCAAAUCUCUGCUGCUCUACCACCACAUACACAAUUGCCUCGGCAACAGCACACCCUCCGCCCUCAAAACCUCCAACCAAUCAAACACCACGCCUCCUGUGGCCACGCCCACUGAACUAGAGCACUGUCUCAACCUGCGCAACGAGGCAGAGCGAGGGGAGGGGCCGACCCUUGACCUCUCCGAGAUCCCCAUGCAACUGGAGGAGAGCUGGGAGAAGGGCGGAGUUGAGAGGGAGGCGGGGCCCUGUGAUGAGAACGAAUCCACGCCGAGCAGAGGUGAAGCACUGGGUGUGACAAACCCCGCCCCCUCUGAGCAGAUCUCGCCCCAGGAGAGCGGUGUGGCCUAUUAUAUAGACCUGCACGGACACGCCUCCAAGAGAGGAUGCUUCAUGUACGGCAACAACCUGCCAGGCGAGAGUCAGCAGGUGGAGAACAUGUUGUAUCCGAAGCUGAUCGCGUUAAACUGUGCUCACUUUGAUUUCCUGGGCUGUAAUUUCUCUGAGAAGAACAUGUACACUCGCGACAAACGUGACGGUCAGUCGAAGGAGGGCAGCGGGCGCGUGGCCAUUCACAAAGCCAUCGGGCUGAUCCACAGCUACACACUGGAGUGCAACUACAACACGGGCCGCUCGGUGAACAGCAUCCCGCCCGCCUGUCACGAUAACGGACGAGCCACGCCCCCUCCGCCGCCCGCUUUCCCGCCCAAAUACACGCCGCAGGUGUACGAGCAGGUGGGGCGCGCGGUGGCCAUCGCAGCUCUGGACAUGGAGGAGUGUAACCCGUGGCCGCGGCUGGUUCUGUCCGAACACAGCAGCCUGGUGAACCUGCGCGCCUCCAUCCUCAAACACGUGAGGAACAGCAAGGGCCUCGCCUCCAACAACCGCAGGAACCCCGCCAAAACCAGCAGCCCGCCCAAACCUGCAAGUCUGAGCAUGUCUGCCUCAGAAAACUCCCUGAUCCGGAUGCGCAGUAGCACUAAUAAUGCUCACGGGAGCCGGCAGACGUCUCCUCAGCUCAAGAGUUCUCCCAGCUUCACCUUCGGCUGCAGCACGUCUGGCCCCGCAGCACAGCGGCCCUCACACCGGAGCCUGGGGCCCGUCAGAGAGUCUAAAGCACAGGAGAAGAGGCGUCCGCAUCAUCAGCACCAGCGGCUCUCCCUGCGGCAGCAGCCGGCCCCCACGCGCCCCCCUCUCUCGCCAUCCUCCUCCUCCUCGUCUUCCUCCCCGUCCUCCUCGUCCUCAGGGGCCCCGGGCCCCUGCUCCAUCAGUAUGGCAGGCAACAGCUGCCCUGAGUUCCACCCAGCCGGACAGAUUAAAGAGAUUCAAAGGCACGGUGGGCGGGGCAAGUCCGGCAGAGGCCCCGCCCCCUCUCCUUCCCCCCAGCAGAGGACGGCGCUGCUGUCACAGGAGCCGCUGCAGGAAUCUCUGGACAUCCUGACGUCUGUCGAGUACAGCAGAUGUGAGCUGCAGCCUCGGCCCAGCCGGAUCCCGGUGCGGAGAGAGCCUCCUCUGACCGAGACGCCCAGCCUGAGAGUGUGGAAACUCAUCAAACCCGGCGUCGAGAAACACCCGGCGGGAGUGUCUGAGAAAGACGGUUGUUCUGUGCGUCUGAAGAGCUCGUCCUGUAGCUGUCAGAGCGCUGGAGACACACACACACAGCCUGCUCUGGCCUUUUAUUGCUAAAGCUUGCGAGGAACCUUUCCUCAUUCAUGCUGAUAGUUGUUCAGUGCACAUGCAUGCGGCAGAUUUAAUGUGAAGUUUGCAUGCGCUCUAAUAAUGCUUAAACAUUUUCAUCUCGACAGAUCUCUGCAGACCUGAGAAGCUCUACACACACACACUUAUGUUAGAGGAACAGUUCAGCCAAAAUCUGCUCACUCUCAGAUCUUCUGAGAUCAGGAUGAGUGUGUUUCUUCAUCAGGUUUGUAGCACUGCAU